CAUGAUCAUUCGGGUUGAGCAUUCGUCAACAAUUGUACCAUGGACAUCAAUACGCUCUUCGGUGUGAAGGACCAAGUCGUAAGCUGCCAAUGGAUGGAGCUGGAUACAUGAGAGCGAGGUGCCUGUAGGUGCUUAUCACGGGUGGCUCCCGCGGCAUCGGCAAGAUGAUGGCCGAGGGCUUUGUGCGCAACGGGGCCAAGGUUUACAUCUCCGCUCGUAGCGACAGCGUGUGCAAUGAGACGGCGGCCGAGCUCAAUGCAAUGGGCCCUGGCAAAUGCAUUCCUAUCCCGGAAGAUGUGAGCACAGUGGAAGGCUGCCAGCGCCUCGCCAAGGCUUUGGGAGAACACGAAUCCAAGCUGCACGUGCUUAUCAACAACUCGGGCGUGGCCUGGGGCGGGGGAUUCGAUGCCCACAGCGCCAAAGCGUGGAGUAAAGUGAUGAACCUCAACGUGACCUCUCCGUUCUUCUUGACCAAGUUCCUGCUUCCUCUACUGCAAACCCAUGCGCGGGUCAUCAUGGUGGGGUCCAUCGCUGGACUGCAGCCGCAGGACCUAGGGACGUUGGCGUACGACACGUCCAAAGCUGCGAUCCACCACCUAACGCGGGUGCUGGCGGUGCAGCUGGCGCCUCGACAGAUCACCGUCAACUGCAUCGCGCCAGGGCUCGUACCGACCAAGAUGAGCCAGCAGAUCGCCACGGCCACCGGAAAAGGAUUUCAGCAAAUGGCCGACCUUGCGAUUCCUCUGGGGCGUCCGGGAAGUCCAUCGGACAUGGCCGGUCCAGCGCUCUUCCUCGGUACGUCCUCCAAAGGUUAAGCCAGAACUUGAGCAAGAUUCUGAAAAUGGUAGCGUCCCCCGCGGCCGGAUGGAUUACUGGAACUGUGUUGGCCGUCGACGGCGGCCAAGUGUUUGCAACUCCCACGGGAGAUCAUGCCAAGUUGUAACUGCAUCCCGUCGCCAGGCUUACUAACUAGUAGUACUAAAAACUAUGCACUCGAACUCGGUAUUUUCAUUCAAGCAUCUAUUAAUAGAACGCUGC